UACUUAAACCUCCUAACUAAAUUAACUAAACCAAACUAAACCCAAUACCUCAUUUGUUUUGCUCUCUAGCCAUUCAACAAUCUCUUCUUUUUCAAAUGGAAUGGACUAGAGGGCCGGUCAUCGGCCGUGGCUCAACGGCCACCGUCUCCCUAGCCACCUCCACCUUCUCCGGCGAGGUCUUUGCACUAAAGUCAAGUGAGCUAUCAAAAUCCAAAUCACUCCAAAGAGAACAAUUUCUUCUAUCUUCUUUAAGCUCAUGCCCUUAUGUUGUUCACUACAUAGGCUAUGAUAUUACUACAGAAAAUAGUCGGUCCAUGUAUAAUAUCUGCAUGGAGUAUAUUCCCGGCGGCACACUUCACGACGAGAUUCUCCGGCACGGUGGUCGGUUGAAUGAAGAUAUGAUCAAAUCAUACACAAGAAAUAUUUUGCAAGGGUUAGAUUACUUGCAUAUGAAUAUUAAAUUAGUGCAUUGUGACAUCAAGAGCAAGAAUAUUCUGAUCAGUAAAGACGUAGCAAAAAUUGCUGACUUUGGCUGUGCUAAAUUUGAUGAUGAUACGUCGGAAUUUUCAGGUACACCGGCGUUUAUGUCGCCGGAGGUGGCGAGAGGAGAAGAGCAAGGUUUUCCGGCUGAUAUAUGGGCGGUAGGUUGUACAGUUAUAGAAAUGGCAACCGGGUCUAUUCCAUGGGUUCAAGAAAAUAAUCACGACGUCGACCCAUUAGCGAUUCUUUACAAGAUUGGAUAUUCCGGUGAGAUUCCGGAGUUUCCGACAUUAUUGUCGGAGAGUUGUAAAGAUUUCUUGAACAAAUGUUUCAUUAAGGAUUCUAAAAAAAGAUGGACUGCUAAAGAAUUACUUGGUCAUCCAUUUCUUGAUCAGUUUGAUGAUCAUAAGGUUCGUAUGAGUUCGCCGAGUUGUGUACUAGAUCAAGAUUUCUGGAAUUCAAUGGACGCAUUUGAAAAUCAUAAGGAUUCGACUGUACAGAUUGAAGAUUUUUCGAGUUCGAGUUCGAGUUCGGGUAAUUCUCCGGGUGAUCAGAGGUUGAGUUCAUUGAUUUCUGAUGGGCCCAGUUGGGAUUCGGAAGAGAAUUGGAUUACAGUUAGAAUAAGCAAUGAAAUUGAGGAGAAAGAUUUAAUUUUGAUGGAUGAAGAUUUAGAUUUAGAUUUAGAUGAAUUUUUGGUUUCAGAUUCAAUUAUUGAUGAGCAAAUGCUUGAAAAUUUCAUUUUUGAUGAAGUGGAAGGUAUUAUUAGAGGUAGUGACAAUGUUAGCAGCAGUAGUAGUGAAAGAUUUGAUGUAAAAAAUGUGAAUUUUGAGAUGGAUAAUGAAAAUUCUUGUUUUGUUCUAAAUUUUAAUUUGCUUUUUUAA